CGACAUUCGGACCAGAUGCUCGGCGGCCUAGGAAGGAGAGUUUUAGAGGGGUGAGAAUAAAGUAGUUGGUCAAGGAGUGUGAUGUGCGCAGACUACCCACAAGGCCUUCCGGUACUCAAAACCUGAAUCAGCAUAUAAGGCACCAAUGUGCUGAGUGCAAAGUCUGCCUUAGGGAGAAUAACCACAGUCGACUAUGCUUGUCCUGGUCGAAAACUAAGGGCUCCAUGUAUGCAAUUUACGCGAAUCGUUCUAUGAUCAAGGAAUGCGAAAUCGAGUACCAACUAGCCCAUCACGAGAGCCAUCGCAAUGCCCCGCAUAUCCGGUAAUAUGUUCUGAGCUUUCUGGGCUUGGAAAGAGCGCCAGAACCCGAAGCCUGCGUGAUCACCCGUGGAAGAGUUUUGGGUGGUUUUGAGCCUGGCCAGUGGGCUUAGUACGGUCGGAUGUGCAGAAAUGACCAGCUCCGAGGGGGAUAAAGCAACUUUUCCCGGACCUUACUUUCGUUCAGCGGCACUCCUUCGCUUCCCUGCGAGCCUUGUUUCCGCUACUUAUGCAAUCCGACUCAGAGAAGGUCACUUCGCCACGAGCGUGGGGGAACGAAAUCCAGAAUCCUCUACAUGGUAUCCCGCGGGAUAGGUUACUGGAACAAGUCCAGGCAUUCGCACAGGAAAAGGGCCUGACGCAUAUCCUUCCGGAAUUACGGAAGGGUGCUCUGCUCGCGCAGGACCCUACCAAUUUCGAAAAGAUCGAUCUCUUGGACGAUGCUGACCGUGCGGUCAUCCGUCUCGAAACAACCCAUAAGUGGAGACAACCGCGCGCGUUAUAUUUGACUGCUAACUUGAGUUUCCCUGAAGAAUUUGGCAUCAGCACCAUGGACGCAGAUCCCGCCAAAGCCAGUAGGAACCAAUGGAUCGUUGGCGUAAUCAAUGCCGCUCCGUACCUCUCUGCUUCUCUAAUCGGGUGCUGGACUACGGACCCGCUGAACAACCUCUUCGGACGUCGUGGUGCUAUCUUCAUUUCCGCUAUCUUCUGCAUGCUCUCGGUCAUCGGAUCUGGGUUCGCACAAACAUGGCCCCAGCUCUUUGUCACUCGCCUGUUGCUGGGGAUCGGGAUGGGGCUGAAGGGCUCGACGGUGCCUGUUUUUACAUCCGAGAGCUCACCAUCAUCUAUCCGCGGCGGCUUAGUCAUGUCGUGGCUCAUGUGGAUUGCAUUCGGCGUCUUUCUCGGCUUUUGCGCCAAUCUGGCUUUCUUCCAGAUGGGCCGACUCGCGUGGCGCUUUCAACUUGGCUCUGCCUUUCUUCCCGCUCUGCCGCUGCUCAUCGGGAUCUUCUCGUGCCCGGAAUCGCCGCGCUGGUUAAUGAAAAAGAAUCGCUACGAGCAGGCAUAUGAGUCACUGUGUCGUUUGCGCAACUCGGAGCUCCAGGCAUGUCGGGAUCUAUUUUACAUUCACUCUCAGCUCGAGAAGGAGUUUGCCGCCCUCGGCAAGUCGAGCUAUUGCAAGCGGUUCAUUGAACUAUUUACGAUCCCACGGAUUAGGCGUGCCACAGUCGCCAGCUUCACUGUCAUGAUUGCCCAGCAAAUGUGUGGAAUCAAUAUCAUUGCAUUUUACUCCUCGACUAUCUUCCGCGAUGCAGGAUACAGCACUCUCAGCGCAUUGUUGGCAUCGAUGGGUUUUGGAUUGGUAGCCUUCAUAUCUUCCUUUCCUGCUGUUUGGACUAUCGAUACAUUCGGACGCCGGAACUUACUGCUCUUGACUUUCCCGAACAUGGCAUGGAGUCUUUUGGCAGCUGGCCUGUGUUUCUUAAUUCCAUCCAACUCGAGCGCUCGCGUGCCCUUGAUCGCGCUCUUCAUCUACAUAUUCACUAUCUUUUACAACUCUGGCGGAGGCCCGGUCCCAAGCACGUAUGCUGCUGAAGCGUUCCCGCUGACCCACAGGGAAAUGGGCAUGAGCUGGUCCACCGCAACGUGUCUGUUCUGGAGCUCUGUUCUGUCCGUCACCUUUCCUCGACUUCAAGCGGCUACCGGCAGCAUCGGCGCUUUCAGUUUCUACGCCGGCUGUAACGUGGUCGCUUUCCUGAUGAUCUUCUUUCUCGUUCCGGAGACGAAACAGCGUUCACUCGAAGAGCUCGACUACGUCUUUAGCUUGCCCACUCGCACACACGUCAGUCAUCAGGUCAACCACUCUCUGCCGUACUUCUUCAAGCGAUGGAUCCUCCAGAGAAAGGAUACCCAGGCGAAGUCUUUGUGAAAGAGACGAGUCGACAGUCCAAGGACGGGAAGCUCAAACGGUGUACGUACCCGUAUGUAAUUGAAGUAUGAAAGUGGAGAAUCCCGGACGAAUGGCUCCUUGAAUGGUGUCGGAAGGCUAGCGUGAGGAUACACAUAUGUCACCGGCGUCACCAGCGUCAUCCUUAGAGUCAUAGUCUUUGGGUUCGUCGGUCUGCUUGAACGAGACAUCCAGAACGGCCAGAAAACUCGGCUCCAGCACAUUUUGAUAACGUAAUGAUUCCCACGAGCGGAACUUUGCACUCCAAAUCGGAGUCGCAAUAUUCUGGCUGCAGGUCUCCACAUUACUA